AUGCCCCCGCUGCGCAGCUCGGCGGACGUGAGGGCCGUGGUCGCGGCCGCGGGGGACGCCCGGGGCAAGAAGGAGUCAGUGAACUUGAACUUGCGGUACUUGCGGUACGGGCAGCGACUGGGCAUCAAGGGCGGCUUGUCGCAGGUGUGGUGCGGCCAGGCCGGGUGGGACGAGGCCCAGUUGAAGCUGCGCACGGUUGAGCACAACGAGCAUCAGAAGCAGCUGGCGGCGGCGCAGACCAGCACGACGGGGGAUAUGAGCGAGGUGUUCAACGGGGGCGUGACGCCGCGAGGAAUGCUGCGCCAGUCGGCAGGCCGUGUUAGCGUGAGCGCCGCUGAUGUGGACGACUUCGUGCUCAUGUGCUGUGGUCGCCCUGCUCCUGCGGCUACGGAUGCGAUUGGCGUCCCGAUGUUCCUUUUCCAGCUGGCGCGCUCUGGCGAGGGCGUGUCCUGGCGAAGAGGAGUGGGCGAGGAUGCCGAGGUGGCGCUGUGGGCGAUCGCGGACACCGCGCAUUCAUGGUCCAUGGCCGAAGAGCCCCGCGGAGAUCAGAGGCGGCCCAUGGACUGUGUGCUCACCAGCUGGAGCGGCUUCGCGGCGCUCGCCGCGCACUCGCGGAAGCAGCUCUGCGCUGGGCGCGCGGGCGGCGAGCCCGUGUCGAGGGAGCCCAGCACGCCCCACGUGCCGCUCCAGGGAGCGGCCCCGGAGCCCGGCUCGCCCCGCGGGGGGCGGCGGCUGGCGGAGGAGCAGCUCCGACGGCAGAGGGCGGAGGCGCAGGCCGCGGCGCUGCAGGCGCAGCUGGACGAGGAGCGGGCGGAGAGGCGCCUCCUGGAGCAGCGAGGCCAUGCCUGGUGCGCGGCCUCGGAGGACCGCCUCGCGCUGCGGGCGCGGGUCGCGGAGCUCGAGGCGGAGCUGGCCAGGAAGAGCGGCGAGCUGGACGCCGUGCACUCCAGCCAGAGGCGGGUGGUGCCCAGCCUUCACGGCGACCUCUCCGAGCGGAUCGCCAUGGAGCGCGCGGUCUGCGACCUCCAGGACCAGCUGGUCCGCGAGAUCUCUAUGCGCACGGAGUUGCAGUCGAUGGCGUUCCACCGGCGACCGCCCAGUUGCAGUACGGAGUCGCCUGGAUCGUGGGCGUCGAGCUGUCGACUGCUCUCCGACCCGCGUCGCCGGCCCCCGGCAGCCCGCCGCUCGGCUUCCCGGGGGGGCUCGCUGCCGCGGCUCCGACGCCGCCGCCUGCCAUCGGAUUCCGCGAGUCGCGGGGCCACCUCUCGCGGCGGGGACGGGCGCAAGGAGCGUGCCCGUGCCCGCGCCCGUGCGCGUGCCCAGAGGCACACUGAGCCACUCCAGUCCGAGGGAUGCUCUGCUGGCGCUUCCGCCCCGCGAGCAGCAAGCGCUCCGGCCAGUGACGCGGUCUGCUCAGAUUUUCCAGGAACGGCUGCGGCGGGUGCUUGCCACACGCCAGUGCAGGAUGCGGCUUGGCCGCCGCCUCGGGCCGCGCAGCAGGCGGGCGUCGUGAGGCUUGGCAAGUGGCACGGAUUGCUGGAGAUAUCAACGCGGGUGUUCACGAACAUGAGGUCCGCCUGGCCACUGAAGAGCUUCGCGGUCGUCGAGCUGCGCCCCGGGGCCGCCUCUGCGGCGCUGCCCGAGAUCCUGCGGUCGCUGCCGGGCAGCUGCCGGGCGGUCCGGCUCUCGAGGCUCGGGCUCGGCAAGAUGCCGGCCUACCUCGAGACCAUGGACGCCCUCUGCGCGAGGCGGCCCGAGGCUGUGGACCUCAGCGGGAAUGGUCUGGGCGACGCUUGCGUGACCGCCCUGGAGCAGCUGCUCUCCAGCUCAGGAGCUGCUGCUGAGCUGGCCGCCGGCGCGGACCAGGAGGAGCAGGGCGGCGGGGCCCUGCGGAGCCUGAACCUCAGCGGGAACGCGGCCAUCUCCGCUGCGGGCCUCGCCCAGCUCCUCGCCGCGCCGCGCGCGCUCGCCCUGGAGAGGCUGGACCUCAGCGAGUGCGCCCUGGGCGCCGCGAGCGCGCAGCUGCUGGUACCAGAGGCAUUGGUGAGAUAA